AUGACAGACUGCCACGAGAUCCCGUCUCCAAAAGCAAACGAAGUUCUGAAGAGCAAGACGCCUAACUGCGGAGAGGGAAAGGUCUGUGGUCGAGCUCAAGACCAGCCAACCUUCGACGACAUUGCCCCUGUCCUCGACUUCGAGUCCCAGGGGACGCACGCACAAACGGGAAGGGAAAGCACAAGGCCGCUGAAUCACGGCUCCGAUUGGCCUCACAUUACAUUCCACCCGCUGCCGGGACCAGAAAUACUGCGCGUCUCAGGCGCGACGCGCAGUUGA